CCAUCUAUUAGAUUUUCAUUACAUUAAUUUAGGAAAUCUGUUUUACUCUCAAUUUCUACGAUGAGUUUUGUCGCAACCAGGUGGCACGACGCGAUAAUGUUUAGUACAACCACUUGGCCAACCUUAACAUACGAAAUCUCAUAUCCAGUUCUGCAAAAUGUCGCACACUCUUUUGUCCCUCCCUCAGGUAUAUUUUAUACAUGUAGAGCAAAAAUAGUAUUCACACAAAAAUUCAAUUAAAACUGAAUUAAGUUCAUGUCUGGAAAUACAAAUAUUCUUAAACUAAAAAAUACGAGCUGCAAAUAAAAAGUGGUUACGAACAGAAGUACGAAUCGUUAAAUUAAAGUCUAAUACUUGGUGAUUCUGAGCAGAAAAUGGAUGUUCAUUUAGUUAUUUAUACAAAAAAAUUUAUUUUUGAUAAUUUAUUAAUAUCUCCUAAUCGUGUCAUCGAUUAUAAAAAAAGUCCAAAGCAUGAGAAAUCAUUAGCGAUACAAUCAUCUACAACAAUCAUUUUAGUGCCAAUGAAUACAAAGGGUUUUAGUGGAUAUGCAGGAUCAGGUUAUGUGACAUUGAUGAAAAAUUCGUUAUUAUACCGUUCAUCAGCUUUAAAACUUUAUGCUGAUUUAAUACUACCUGAAAUAAUACCCCAUGAAAAAAUUAUGAACUUCACGGGUAUUUUUCUUAUGAAAUUAAAAAUGCCUCGGAAACAAUUUUUAGACUACAUUUGGAACGAUAUUAUAACGUCUAUGGUAUUAGAGAGAAGAGAAAUAAGUUAUGCCAUGUCCUGGUUGUCAACGUUAGGCGGCGCGUUUUCAGCUAUGGGAGAUCAAUUUUGUCAUUGUGCUAAAAUUGCUGGAAAAAUUUCGAUUCAUCAAUUCAAGUUAGCGAUGCGUUUAGGUGACCCAUCGGUAAUUGCCUGUUGCAAAUUAUAUGUAUGUUUAAGUCUUAUACAACAAGAAAAAUAUGAUUGGCCAAAAAUCAUCAUUCCUAGAAUCUACAAAAAUUCAAAAACAAGUAAAGAUGAGAACUUAGGAAGAAUGUGUCAAGGAAUAUGGGCAAAACUUAAAUAUUGUUAUAGUUUGAAUAAAAAAAAGAAAAAAAAAUUGGUUUAUAUAUCGUAAAGUGUACGAACUGAAAUUGUGCAUUUUGGUGUAUAUAAACUUAUUAUGUUCUUACUGAUUUCAGUGGUAUCAGUGAUGAGAGAAAUAAAAACUACAUUAUCAUUAAAA